GAUCUGGAGUCGGUGUUCAGAGACUCACUCGCCGUUUGGUUCAGUGAAUCACUCGCUGAUCUGGAGUCAGUGUUCAGAGAUUCAUUCCGAAUUGCAUAUAAACUCUGCGCGGUUCGGUUCGGUUCGGUGUCAGAAAUCAUGGCGGAGGAAAUGAUCCUGAAGGUUUUGUGUGGGAAUCACGGCUCAAUGGAGUACGAGCGUCUUUUGGAAAUUUCAUACGGACUGAAAGAAAUAUCCGCGGAGAAUUCCCUGGAUAAAAUCAUCCAGCGCAGAGACAUCUUCACCGUCAUUCAGCGAAGCAAAAGCAAAGAGGUUUUCGCUCAAACUACCGUCAAACUGUGUAGAAAGAGCGAGUGUGUGGAGCUGUGUGGAGACCUCCACCUGUGUAAAUAUGAGCUGAUGAUGGGGCGCUGCAGCAGGCACAGCUGCAGUUACGGACACCAGCUGAUGUCUGAACACAACGUGCGGAUCAUGAGAGCUCAUGGGAUGAUCCGUCUGAGUCGACAAGAUCUGUGUGUGGUGUUUCUGCAGUCCGACAGCGGCCUCCUGCCUCCUGUGUGCACCGCGUACAACCGGCGUGGAAACUGUCCGGACGGAGAGAAGUGCUCGAGGCUGCACUUGUGCGAGAGCUUCAUCAGAGGACGCUGUGUAGACACGGACUGCGGACGCUCGCAUGAUUUCCACGAACCUCACGUGAGAAAAGUGCUGCGCUUCAGAGGAGUGUCUCAGCAGCUCAUGAGCUCUCUGCCCUUCAUCUACCGCAACAUCCUCACGCUCAAGACACUCAAGACUCAACCGGACCACAGAAACACAGACGUCCAGCCUCGAAGAAGCUCUGACGCUGAGACUGAGAUCUGUCUGUCGUUUGUCAGAGGAUUCUGCGGAGCAGAUAAAUGCAGUAAAACACACUGUAAAAUGCCUUAUAAGUGGGAGGUGAAGGUGGGCCACUUGUGGCACGAUUUACCCAACAGUGAACCGAUCGAGCGAGAUUACUGCCAGCCGUCCAACAUACACAGUUCUGGAAACGAGCCGGUGUGCUUCGAAGAAAUGACUCUGGGUCUGGACGAGGUCCGGCGUCUCUCCACGCAGUCCUCUGUUCUCCUGCCCGGCUUCGCCCUCACCACCCGCUGGAGCUGGUUCUGGAAGGACGAGUACAAGCGCUGGAUCCAGUACGGCUCGAUCGCGGAGAUGCACCGGUUGUCUUCGGUCAGCAGCGAGCAGCUGGAGCUCAGAUAUCAGGAGCAUCUGCGGCAGGAGCAGGAGGACGCUGGGAUCAAGUUCAGUGUGGGGAACCGCUUCUACGAGCUCCGCUUCACAGACAUGAAGCAAAGAAACGAGGCGAGCGGCAACGAGAGGCCUGUGAGGCGGCGGCCCGUGUUCGUCUCGUCGCUCGACGUCCAGAUCGCCAGAGCGAGAUGUUGCGGAUCCAUUAAAACGUGUUUUUCGAAAGGCGUUCCUGGAUUUUGGGACCAAAAUGCCGUUCCUGAUUUCGGAUUUCAGAGAGUGUGUCUCCUGCCGUCUCACAGGGAUUACGUGAGAGUCCACGAGCGCUUCACACAAACUCUGAGGGGGUUUACCGUCCGUCGGAUCGAGCGUGUGCAAAACAGGGAACUCUGGGAUGACUUCAUGAUAAAAAAGGAGCGAAUGAAAAUUACGAACAAGCAGGAGAAGUUUGGGGAUCGGCUGUUAUUCCACGCCACCGAAUCGUCUCUCGUCGAAGAUGCAUGUCUGAGAAACAUUGACUUUGAGACGUCGGAUUCAGCACCGUAUGGACAGGGGAUCUACUUCUCGAAGGACUCCAGGUACUGGAUGGAGCGAGCGGACGGCUCUGACGUGAGGCUGAUGUUCGCCUGCAGGGUGCUGGUUGGGUUCUACACCAGAGGAGCGGCUCAUCUCCGUCAUCCUCCGGCCAGAAACACUGAUGGACGUCUCUACGACAGCUGUGUGGAUAAUCCUCGAGACCCGGCUGUGUUUGUAGUGUUCGACAGGUGUCAGAUCUACCCAGAGUUUCUGAUUACCUUCGAGGACAGUAACGAGUGUUUCCUGCCUGAGAUCGCUCGGGUCCACACGAACGAAGAGCAGAGCGACUCCAGCAGGAGAACAAGCUCCAUCAGUUCUCUCGAGGAUCCAGAACACACUUCAUCCUCCGACAGAACAACAGAACCGCUCAUCACGCUCUCAAGAUCAACAUUAGACACACACGUGGGCACAAACACUGCACUUCCUGUCUCAGAUGAACUUCACGUUCCUGCUAAAAAAAUCCCUGUACUUCCUGUCUCAGAGAAACUCUUAGUGCCUCGAGAGCACUUCCUGUCUCGAGUGUUAGUACCACGAGAGCUUUUCCUGUCUCCAGUGGAAGUGCCUCGAGAUCACUUCCUGUCUCCAGUGUUAGUGCCUCGAGAGCACUUCCUGUCUCCGGUGGUUGUAGUCCUGUGUCUCUGA